AUGGGCAUGGCAUGCGACAUCGAGGGCCGGACGGGGACGGAAGACCAUGAAGUCUUGCUCCCUAAAACAGAUGAGCGCUGUCGUGGUGUUCAGUCCAAUGGAAUGACGACGACGAUAGAAGCCGAGACUUCAGGUCUCAAUCCAGAGGAGACAGCUAUGAUCCUCACGAGUUUGAGUAAAGGCUUCUCACCUGGGCAGAUGAUGGCACGAGAUGCUGUCCCGGAUGUUGUCGACGAGAUGGUCGAGGGAGUGGACGCUGAAGAUGAAAAUGCAUCGCAACGUCGCUGUCACUUUCUUGCUUCGGCCGGUGGCGGGAGACAGAUGCACCGCGUGCAGCAAAUUAAUUUCGAUGGCCCGGAAGGCAGCAAGCUCGACUUUACCGAUGACGCGGGCUUUAGUCACCGCUUUCGAAACGAGAGCAAUCGUGUCAAGAGUUUAGUGACCAAACACAUUUCGAUCGAGGAACUUCGUGCACACUUUGAUCGACCGAUCAUUGAUGUGGCAAAAGACUUUGGCAUUUGUAUUACGCUCAUGAAGAAAAUUUGUCGUCGUAAUGGUAUCAAGAGAUGGCCGCAUCGUCAAAUUCGGUCACUCUCCAAGAGUAUUGCGUCCAUGGAGGCUGCUAUGCUUAGUGCACAUGGAAGUGAGCGUGAUAAGUACCGAGAUCAGAUUGCAAACCUGGAAAGGAAGCGCGAAGCUGUGAUUGCAGACCCAAACAAGGAUGAUCCCAUGCGUCCCAAGACGUUCUCACCUUCUUCAGUAAUGGAUCGUGGUUCCACCACUGACGAAGGAUUAUGGGCUUCUUGGCAACUUCCUUUGAGCGUUCAACUGUCUCCACAACUCGCUCAGGACACGCAUGCUUUGCCUCAAACCAGUCCAGCUUCUUCGUCAAGUACCGUUACCACUGGUCCUUCGAAAGGUGGGCGUUGGACCAGUGAAGAGCAUGCUGCUUUUCUAGAGGGCAUUCGCUUGUACGGGAAAGACUGGCGACGCGUUGCACAAGUGGUCAAGACACGCAGUGCUGUGCAAACGCGAACUCACGCUCAGAAAUAUUUAUUGAAAUUUGCUGGGCGCUUUCCAUUCGAUACUGAUGGUGCGCUGAAGGGUCAGCCGAUGUCACCGGUACAGCCACAGGCUACGCAGUGUGCACCACAACCGGUCACAUCCGCAUUGAGUCCAACAACGAGAACGACAUCGAGCGACGCUGCUGCGACGACAUCACCAAGUGACGAAACCAUGAGUUCUGGAUCCUGGGCUUCCUCCGAACAAGAUCCUCAACGGCCAGUGCAGCACUCGAAAGGUUCAUGUACAACCUCAGACGGCAGAUGUUUGCAAGCCGAGCUGGGAAUCGUGUCUCGUGGACGGGAAAACGUCAAAAUUCCCGUACUUCCUCCCCUAUCGUCUCGCACGACGUUCAGAGCGAAACGAUCAGCAGCUGCAGCGUUUCAGCCCCAUUCACAUCCGCUAAAAGCGGCCCCAGGUCCAUUCCAGUACUUACGUUGCAAUAACAGCAACAGGGUGCCGUAG